CUUUAAGAUGCGUAGAGAACGGGGCGAAAUUAGCGAAAGCUGACGACGGUUUGUUAUCGGAACGAUUUCAGGACUUCUUUUGCUUCAAGGCUAAUUUAUAUAUACCGCUCGACAGUAGGAGCUGUACUAUAUGGUCUCAUUUUUGAGUAUAACUGUCUUUGACGUAUGAAGCACGCGCUUAAUGAAGCGUUCGUGAUCAGCUCACGCGUCUCAUGGAAGUUGCUGUGACUUUGCGAUAAAUAUAUGCGGUUCUUCCGCCAAGCAAAACGUCUUUACUUUUUAUUUUAGAGCACGUAAUUAUUAUUAAGCCGCUAAGAAGAUCAAAAAACAUGACGGGUAGAGAGGACGAGUAUGACUAUCUCUUUAAAGUGGUGCUGAUUGGUGACUCUGGUGUGGGCAAGAGUAACCUGCUCUCUCGCUUCACCCGUAAUGAGUUCAACCUGGAGAGCAAGAGUACCAUCGGGGUGGAGUUUGCCACACGCAGUAUUCACGUGGAGGGAAAGACGAUCAAGGCACAGAUCUGGGAUACGGCUGGACAGGAGAGAUACAGGGCCAUCACAUCAGCGUAUUACAGAGGUGCUGUUGGAGCCCUGCUGGUGUAUGACAUCGCUAAGCAUCUGACCUAUGAGAACGCAGAGCGCUGGCUGAAAGAGCUGCAGGAUCAUGCUGACAGCAAUAUUGUCAUCAUGUUAGUAGGGAACAAAAGUGACUUGCGCCAUCUGAGAGCCGUGCCUGUGGAUGAAGCAAAGGCCUUUGCAGAAAAGCAUGGGCUUUCUUUCCUGGAGACCUCUGCUCUGGACUCUUCUAAUGUUGAACUCGCCUUUCAGACCAUUCUUACAGAAAUCUACCGUAUCGUGUCCCAGAGGCAGAUGUCAGGGCGUGGCGAUGCCGACUUCUCCCCCAGCUCCAAAGUGGUUCCCAUUACUGUGCAGCCGACACAGAAUUCUGGCAAGCAGGGCACCUGCUGUCAAAAUAAUUGAGCUGCCACAGCGCCACCACGGGGUCCGGGGAAAAUCGGCAACUUUGGAGCACAUGGUUGGGCUGGGCUGGAAAACGGGGCCGUUCCUGUGUCCGAAUAACUGCGUUGUGUUCCCUCGUCGUGAUGUGGUUAACGUAUGUAACAAACUUCCUUGGUAAUGCCCAGAAUUGUCAAGUAAUUAAAGCUUCAAACUUGCAGUGCAAGAGAAAUUUGAAUGGAUCAAGGAGAGGCCAUGCUUCCUGUUUCAGACUAAUUAUAAAUGAGCAGUAAGCUGGGCCGCCCAGAUGUGGCUGCUCACUUUAUUUUUCUGCACUUUUUGUCACAGACAGUCUGCUUACAAACAAAAGACUGGAAGAAUGUCACCAGGACAAAGUGAUAUUUAUAAAAAAAAAAACACUUCAAUUGUUUCUGGUGAAAAUGGGGAUUGAUUUAUGAAUUUUGUUUCUUUUUAUUCUUUUUAAAGGAUCUGUUCAGCCAACAAUUUAAAUUGAUCGUUUACUCACCCUCAUGUCUUUUAGACACCUCUUUGAAUAGAUUUCUUCCAUGGAACACAAAAGUAGUUGUUAGCAGAAUGUCCAAGCUGCUUUUUUUUACACACAGUGAUUGUGAAUGGUGACCACGCCUGUCAAAGCUAGAUUUUCACUCUAGAUAUCAGUCAGCUACAAUUACAUUUUAGUAUGUUUCUUACACAAUGCUAACAAAUGUCUUUAAAAGACUAGAAAAAUAAUGCACAACUCGAAUGGACUACUUUUAUGAGGCUUUUUGUGCACUUUGGAGCUUUUGACAGCCCCUGCUCCACAAAGACUUUCAUUUUGUGGAAGAGAGCAGCUCCGACGUUCUGUUAAACAACUCCUUUUGUGCUCAAUGAAAGACAGUCAGUCAUCUGUGUUUGGAACAAAAUGAGGGUGAGGAAAUGAUGACAGAUUUUUCAUUAUGGGUAAACUCUUCCUUUAAGCACCAUCGAAGUAGUCUGACAUCAGUUGUAUCUUUGCACCAGGAAAAUUCACUUAGUGGUCACCAUAGCCACCAAUUCAUUAAUGUUUUUACAGUCACUGCUAUAACGACCCUUCCACAUUUGUUUGAAUGCAAAUACGGUCUUGAUAUUCUGUGGUAUUUGUACUUUAUAUUUUGUCAUGCUUCUUUAUAUGAAUGUAGUUUGUUUUUAUGACUAGUAUGAAUAUCUUGGGGCAAAGAUAUGGCACUCUCUAUAUUAGAAAUGAUUUUUUGUUUAGUUUUUUUUGGGAUCAGUAUAAUGUUAACAGGUUAAUCGAUAGAUGUAUAGUAAACGUUGAUAGGAGUAUAAUAUUUAGGGUUGGGAAUUUUGAACUGCUUAAUAAAAUUAUUCUUACAACAUUCGGUUUCUUUCAACGGUUCUUGAACGACUGCUUUCUUCCAAAUGACAUGGUGCAAUAAAAUAUGCAUUCAGUUUACAGUACAAUAUAUGCGGCAGUCACCUUGAACUUUUUAUUUUCUGUCAUGUGUGCGGAAGAAUUGGUAAUAAACUUCUGGGGCCGUGUUAUUCAUUUUAAUCACAUGAAACAGUGCAACCACACCUUUCAAGGUGUGUGUGUGUGUGUGUCACUUCUGAAAUCUCAUAAUUUCAUAACAGGCCUCAGAGGGUUGUGAAUGCAAACUUUAUCCAUUCUUCCUCCAGAAUUACUAAAAUAUUUGUUAUUUGAGUCAUUAAAGGAAUAUUCCAGGUUGAAUACAGUUUAAGCUCAUUCGACAUGCAUGUUGAUUAACACACCUCGAGUUGUCCCUGCUUUUCUUUUAAAAAAAAAAAUCUGGGUUUCAGUGUAAGGAAGUGAAUGGGGCUAAUCUGUAAACGUUACAAUACUCUCUAUUUCAAAUGUAUAGACAUAAGACAUAAACAAUAUGCAUGUUAACAUGAUUUAUGUGUUAAAAUCACUUAUUAACCAUUUCUGUUUAAAGUUAUAUCCAAUUUUACAACUUCAUUGUCAUGACAAUGUAACACUGAACCCUAAAACGUCUAUAAAAACAAAGAUUUAAACAACUUUAUAGUUCAAAUAAUAUUCAAGUUUCAACAGAAGAAAUAAGUGUUUUUUUGUUUUUUUUAAUAUAAGCCUCCAGUUUCUGACUUUUUAAAUCUUCCUAAAUUGACCCCCAUGCACUUCAAUUGUAAGUGCCUCACUGUAAAUGCAAUCUUAUUUUUUUAAGAAAAUGAGGGAAGUCAAAAUCAGCAUUAUGCCACAAAUGCUAUAAAUUUAGCUUAACUUGUGGAACCGAAUCAUUACGCAUUUUCAUAAUUGGUUUGGCUUUAGCAUGAUGUUGUCCUUCUAUUAAUGCCCAUUUUUGUCAGUUUGUUUGAAAAAAGAGAGUGAAGAACCCAGUAUGCAGUGCUUUAAUAGAAGCCUCCAUCAUUGGUUAGAUUCAAUUUAUAACAUUACAAAGCACGGAAACUGACAGCUUGUGAAGCACUGCUGAGGUUUUCUUACUGGAAGCGAAUUCCUUGCUGCCCAUCCCUGUUAUCCGCUAAAUGUAACCUGAAGAGCACCAUGUUUCUGGAGAUCUUACUCCCUGACCCAGCUUUUGUCUGUCUUUUACUCUUUUGGUGUGGCUUUGUCAUUAUGUAUGUUUAAAGGUGUGUGUGUGUGUGUGUGUGUGUGUGUGUGUGUGUGUGUGUGUGUGUGUGCUGUGGCAUUCAGAUGCUCCCUGCCUUUGGUCUUAUGUUUUAGCUUUAUUUACUUUAAACAAUUUCACAUGGUGCUUCCCUGAAAUUCCUUGCCUGUAAGAUUUCUGCAAAUUCUGUCAAUCUGUUAUGCUAAAUAUCAGCCAUUUAGCUUGUGUCGUUGUUCAUUACUGCUUUGGGAAUGUUCUGUCAUCCUUUCUCCUCUUUUCCCAGAGGGACUCUUGAGCAAAGGCGUGGAAUAUUGCAAAUAUAUUUUCAAUGAACAACAUGGAUGUUUAUCAGCCGGUGGAUUAUUUGAGCACAUAAGACAGUCUGAUCUUGAGGGAAAAAGUACUUUUUGACUUUGGUGGAUAGAUUUGCAUGCACACGAGCUUAGAGUUAUAUGACCAACGAGUUUCCAUGACUUUUCCUUGACAUUUCAAGACUGUCGUGAUUACUGGAAAAUAAUUUUUAUAGAGUUUGCACUCACGACGAGUGAUUUCUAGCUGAUGAAAUAUUUAAGAAAUGAACAUAACUAGGAAAUUGUGUUUUCUGUACAGAAUUAUCCAUGACUUUCAAUAAUUUUUAAAGAUGUCAUUAAUUUCCAUGACUUUUCCAGGCUUGGACAUCACAAUUCGUUCAUAUUUCCAGGUUUACUUAUAAAGCUUUUGAAACUCCAACUCUCUCAUUUAAUGCUGUCAAAUUUGUGAAGGAUGUUUCUAAUUUUCACAAAUAAAAAUUCUGUAGUUAUUCGAAAUAUUUUAAAGUUUUCAUUUAGAACUUAAAGGAAUGUUCCGAGUUUAAUACAAAGUGUAACCGAUAGCAUUUGUGGCAUAAUGUUCAGAUUUGUUUUAUCUGACCUGGUCCCAUUUGAAGUUCCAGUAGUGUCUGGAAAACUGAAGAUGCUUGAGUUUGUUAUUGGAUUAGAGCAGAGGUUUUUUUCUUGAAACCAUCCCAAACAACUUGUGUAGGUGACAUCUGAUUGUAGUUUUGGAGACAUUCUGACCCCAAGACCAAACUUAUUUCUGCAAUACUCCAGCUGUGAUCCUUGGAGAAUUUUUGUCCACUCGAACCAUCCUCCGCUCUGUGCGUGUCCUCUUUCAGGCCGAUUCGUAACAUCUCCCGUUGAUUGGCACUUAUUAAUUAAUCUCAUGAUGGUGAAAAUGGGUGUUUUCAAUACUUGAGCUUUUCUUAUAGCCACUUGCCAUUUUGUGAAGUUCAACAACCUUUUGCUGCACAUCAUAACUUUAUUCUUUGGUCUUACACAUUGUGAUGGAUGACUAAGAGAAUUUGGCCUGGGUGAUACCUCAUAUUUACACCCCUGUGAAACAGGAAGUCAUGGCUGAACAAUUUCAUGGUCCUUGUCACCCAGAUGUACUAAUUUUUUUUUUAAAUAUGAAUGGGAAUAUACUUCAGAUAUAUUUUACUCGGGGUGCCAAUAAUUGUGGCAAAUGUGUUUCGGAGAAAAAUAUUUAUUUAAUUAUGAACCCCCCCCCCCUUUUCAAUUAGUUUACUUCAAUUAAAGUUUGUGUGUGUGAAUAUUUUGAAUGAAAGAACAAUAAAGACAUAUUUUUCACAGCCUUCUAUGCUCGUAUUUACCAAGGCUGCCAAUAUUUUUGUCCAGCACUGUGUGUGUAUAUAUGUGUGUGUGUGUGUAUA